GGUAUUCGAUGCAGUAUCGAUCAGCAACCCUAGCUAUAAAUUCCGAAGAUGCACAUCGUGGCAGGUUUAACAGCUCCACUGGCCCUAGGGUUUUGAAGGCUCCGGAGGCUGAACCUCGCUCUGAAAGCACCGUUUUCUGCCCUCACUUUCAUUCGCAGCCAUGUCGAGGAGGAAGGCCAGGGAACCUAAGGAGGAGACCGUGACUCUUGGUCCCAGUGUACGAGAGGGGGAGAUUGUGUUUGGCGUUGCCCAUAUAUUUGCAUCUUUCAAUGAUACAUUCAUUCAUGUCACUGAUUUGUCUGGACGAGAAACUCUGGUCCGCAUUACUGGUGGUAUGAAGGUGAAGGCUGACAGGGAUGAAUCUUCACCAUAUGCAGCCAUGCUUGCUGCUCAGGAUGUUGCACAAAGAUGCAAGGAGCUUGGCAUUAAUGCUCUUCAUAUUAAGCUCCGGGCUACAGGAGGGAACAAGACUAAGACUCCUGGUCCAGGUGCCCAAUCUGCUUUAAGAGCACUCUCCCGCUCAGGCAUGAAAAUUGGCCGCAUAGAGGAUGUGACCCCAAUUCCCACUGAUAGCACCCGCAGAAAGGGUGGCAGAAGGGGAAGGAGGCUGUGAUUUUGUUGGAUUAUAUGUUGAAGCAUGCCCGCAAUUUUGGCUUUUGGAUAUUUUAUUUAGUUGCUUGCUACUGUUUUGAUCUUUGAACAAUUAUUGUAGUUUUUAAAGAUUUGGACCCCAAGAGGAUAACUCGAAGACAUUCAAUACUGAAUUUGAAGUUUUAUUUUUUUA